AUGGCGAUCGCAGAAGAUGCUGCAACUGUGCUGGAGCAGUUCAUUCAUGAUGUCGCCAAUCUUCCUGCAGAGAUUACGCAUCUCUACGAGGAGAUGCAGGCCAAGGACCAACAGAUUCAAGAAUUGCGCGCUGGCAUCCAACAACGGGACGGCAGUCUCCAAAAGUUCAUCAAGCUCAACGGCAGCCUAGUACAAAACCCCAAGGAGGAGCCGUACUCAAAAAUUAUUACACAAAAUUUCGAGCGUGCCCAGGUGCUGCAAGAAGAGAAAGUAGGACUUGCAGACAAGGCCGCCAUACUUAUGGACCGCCACGUCAAGCGACUGGAUAUCAAGCUGCGCGACUUGCAAAAUGAUGGUUCCAUACCUUCGGAUCCUUCAAUGCCUUCGUUGCUCAGAGACUCACCAGGUAACAUGGUACCACCCUCCUCAGUUUCUACCGGGGCAAGCACACCGCUGCACCCAGUCUCUGGCAAUCAAGGCGGUGGCGCCCCAAACCUUGCGCAAGCAGCUGCAAUUGCGCGUCUGACAAGCGCAACGAGCGUCAAUGUAAACUCAAGGUUGAACCCUUCACUGCACAAUAUGCAGCAGCAAGCGCUGAUGAAUCAGCAAAGACUUACCAACGCCCAGAGCGCAGCACAGGCAAAUGCCCGGCAAGAACGGGAGAUGUCCGCCGGCAGUGACAGCAAGCGUCGGCGGCCCAAUGGCAGCAUCGGUCCUCUACCGUCCGCAUCGUCGCACCUGGGACGACAGGGCUCAGUCGGGCCAGGUACCCCAAAGCCAUCAACGCCAGGCUCGCGCGCAGGCAGCGUGGGACCCAGACCGACGAAGAACGCACUCACGGUGAAGAAGGCGAAACCGCAGCAGCCAUUGCGCAGGACUGCGCUGACGUCGAAGUCGGGGAUCAAUAAGAAGCGGCGCAAAGGUGGAUCGCGAGCGUCGCCGUCAACAACAGCCGAUGAUGAGAGCGUGGCGAGUGAGGCUGGCACAGAGGACGAGGAGAUGUCUGGUGUUGCAGGCGACGGGGACGAAGAAGAAUCUGACGACACAAAGUACUGCUUCUGCCAGCGCGUCAGCUUUGGCGACAUGGUGGCAUGCGACAACGACGAAUGCAAGUACCAAUGGUUCCACUGGGAAUGCGUGGGCAUCAAGGAGGAGCCCGUGGGCGACUGGCUGUGUCCCGCGUGCACCAAGCAGGAUCCGAAGAAGAUCAAGAGGGCUCGCUAG